AUGCCGAAGGUGAAAACGAACCGGGUCAAUUAUCCAGAUGGUUGGGAGCUGAUCGAGCCCACGCUCCGCGAGCUGCAGGCCAAAAUGAGGGAGGCCGAGAACGACCCACACGACAACAAGAGAAAAUGCGAGGCCCUUUGGCCGAUUUUCAAGAUCGCGCACCAGAGGAGCCGUUACGUUUUCGAUCUCUACCACCGGAGGAAGGAGAUCUCGAAGGAACUGUACGAGUUCUGCCUGGAUCAGGGGUACGCCGACCGCAACCUGAUCGCGAAGUGGAAAAAGCCCGGCUACGAGAGGCUCUGCUGCCUGAGGUGUAUGCAGCCUAGGGACCACAACUUUCAGACCACUUGCGUCUGUCGAGUCCCGAAGCAUUUGCGCGAGGAGAAGGUCGUGGAGUGCGUUCAUUGCGGCUGUGGGGGCUGCGCGAGUGGAGAUUGA